AUGCCUUCCCUUCUCUCCAUCGCUUCUACUGCUUUGCUAUGCUUAUCGACAGCAAAUGCUUCACCUCACAAACCCAUGCAAACGCAGUCUGUGGACCCUUUCUUCUACAAAGGCUUUGAUUUGUCUUCUUUGCAUAUUCUCGAGCUCGGCAAUGUCACCUACAAAGACACCGCGAGGCACAAUGCUACAAGACCUGCAGAAGAUAUCCUCGGUGACGGUGGUAUGAACACCCCUGGACAAUACGAUUUGGCAUAUACACUUUCUCAAGCCCAAAGGUUUUCCAAGAAGGGCUAUCGUAUCUAUCUCGACUUCCACUUCUCGGAUACUUGGGCAGACCCAAACAAGCAAUUCACACCAGCCGCCUGGACUACUAGCAGUGUUUCUGCCCUGGGCUCUGAUCUCCGCCAUUAUGUCAAGACUACUUUGCUAGCAUUUAAAGCCGGCGGCGUAGAUCUCUCUCUCGUUUCUCUGGGCAACGAGAUUCGCCAUGGUAUGCUAUGGCCUACUGGCUAUGUCGACGUCGACACUUUUCCUACUUCAGCAAGGAUUGCGAAUUUUAGUUCGCUGGCUAGUCUGUGGUCCUCUGCUCGCAAGGGAGUUGAUGAUGCAGUCAAAGCUGGCGUCAAGAAACCUGCCGUCAUGAUCCAUAUCGACGAUGGCUGGAACAAGACUCUGCAAUUGAAUUGGUUUGAAGCUUUGACCGGCAGUGGCAAGGUUAAGACUGCUGAUUGGGAUGUCUUUGGCUUCUCCUUCUACCCUUUCUAUGGUACUGCUGCUACACUGGAUAACCUCAAGGAUACACUCAACGCUGUGGCUACCAAAUACCAGAAACCCGUUCAUGUGGUUGAAACGGAUUGGCCUGCCAUCUGUGAUGGAGCCACGGCGCCAGAGCUCAGCGAUACUUCUGUGCCCGUCAGUGCUGCAGGACAAACUGAAUGGGUAAGAGAUAUUGUGAGUGUGGUCAGGAAUGUUGCUGGUGGUUGGGGCAAGGGAGUCAAUUACUGGGAGCCGACUUGGUUGAAUAAUACUGGCUUGGGCAGUGCGUGUCAGGAUGCGAUUUUGUUUUCUGCUGAUUGGAGUGGUUGGCCGAAUAAGAUUUUGGGGUACUCGAGGAGUAGUGUUGAUAUGUUUGCUGGCAGAUGA